CUUGGAAUAUCAGUGUUUAUUUUUGAGGAAUUUUUCUUUCUCUUGUGUUUGUUUUUAAUCAUUGAUAUUGGAAUACAGAAGAGGAACCAGAAACAUACUCAUUUGGUUUCCCUUCAGAGCACUCAUUCUUGAGGCAUUCUCGCCUGAGAACACAGCCAUGUGGCCACCACAGCUGCUCAUCCUCAUGAUGCUUUUAGCACCUGUAGUUCAUGGUGGCAAGCACAAUGAGAGACAUCCAGCCCUUGCUGCUCCACUGCGACAUGCUGAGCGCAGCCCAGGAGGCGCUCUACCUCCCAGACAUCUUCUUCAGCAGCCAGCUGCAGAGCGCGCCACGGCUCAUCGAGGACAAGGCUCACGUGGAGCUGCCAGAGGCGUUCGUGGACCCGGUGCCCCAGGAGCACAGAUUGCAGCCCAAGGUGCGGCCAGCGGGGGAAUGGGGCUGGGGUGGCAGGGCAGGGCCUGA